AUGAUUUCGACAACAGAGCAACUAGAACAAGGGGAGCCUUCGCCGCCUGCCAUGCAGUAUCAGCGGCUCGGCAGCAGUGGACUCAAGGUCUCAAGAAUCAUUCUAGGCUGCAUGAGUUUUGGUAAUCCGCAGUGGGAGGGCAGUCCGUGGAUCCUCCCAGAGGCUGAAGCGCUGCCGCUCUUGAAGAAAGCCUAUGAUGUUGGUAUCACUUCUUGGGAAACCGCAGACAGUUAUUCCAAUGGUCAAUCUGAAACCAUCAUUGGGAAAGCAUUGCAACACUACAAGAUACCUCGAAGCCGGGUUGUGCUUAUGACGAAGUUAUACUAUCCGGUCCUGGAAGACGAUCCCAACGCACGACCACAACCACCGCGUAAUGAAGGACCACUUGUGAACCAGAUGGGUCUCAGCCGCAAGCACAUCUUCGAAGCUGUGGAAGGUUCCCUGCGUCGAUUGAAUACGACAUACAUUGAUGUGCUACAAUUGCACAGACUCGACCGCGACACAAAUCCUGAAGAAAUCAUGCAAGCUCUCCACGACUUAGUCCGCAUGGGCAAAGUUCUGUACAUUGGUGCAUCGAGUAUGCAUUGCUGGGAGUUCGCUCGCUUGCAAUACAUAGCCAAGAUGCACGGUUGGACGCCUUUCACAAGCAUGUCAGGUCUUCACAAUCUUCUAUACCGCGAAGAGGAACGUGAGAUGAAUCCGUUCUGCAAUGCAGAAGGCGUUGGUCUGAUACCAUGGAGUCCGAUUGCGAGGGGGCUACUGACACGACCAUUUGAUCAGCAAACAGAAAGGAGUCAACAAGAUGUCAAAACCAAGAAAUGGUUCCAGGGAGAUCAGAAUCGUGAGAUUGUUGGGAGAGUGGAGAAACUGGCGAUUGAGAAACACUGCACCAUGUCCGCCCUAGCAGUAGCAUGGUUGCUCAGAAAGGGCGAAUGCCCUAUAAUGGGUCUCAACAGUGUGAAGAGAAUUGAGAGCGUUUCUGAAGCAUUUGCUAUCGAGCUUACAGAUGCGGAGAUGAAUUUGUUGGAGGAGCCAUAUUGCCCAUUGGCAGUGCAAGCGAUAUAG